AUGUCGUCAAAUACAACAGCACUUAAUCCUCGAGGCAGGUCCUCUCGUACUCUUCUCGUCUUUGGCGUAUUCGCGCAGGUCGCCUUACUUGCUUGUAUCUUUUGGACCUACGGAAGUUACGCCUCUCGUGAUCCGACCACUUUAGCGGAGGCAACAUCUAACACGACGCCGAGACCAAAUGGCUUUACCUUGCGGCAUCUCUUGGACCAUGGUGCCGGCCAACCCGGACCGCGUGCACGUAGGUUUGAUGUCACGCCUGAGCGGUUUGCGGCUGCUGGUGUCGAUUCUCGCAUCGGCCCCUUCACCGUUAAGACAGCACCCGUGAAGAUAGAAAGACCCGCGUUGCGUAGUUAUGGGACCCAACAUCCCAUGUCGUCAAUGUGGAUAGCUGAAGAUGUACCUGGUCCGGAUGUCGAAGAUAAAGAAACCGUUAUUAGUUUUGCUAAUAUGUCUGAGGAUGCGUACAAAGUUGGACGUGACGAUCCCGGAUGGAUGAAUGUUGAUGAGCAUUAUAAUAACUCGGUUCCCUUUGGUUGGGACGAUAGCGGUAUUCGAGGCCAUGUGUUCAGCGACGACACCAACUCCACUAUCAUCCUGGCCGUCAAGGGCACAACGGUUGCCAUGUUCGAGGGCGACGGAACUUCAGUACAUGACAAAGAGAACGACAACCUAUAUGGUUCCUGUUGCUGUGGCCAAGGUGGCACCUACCUUUGGCGUCAAGUAUGUGACUGCCAGACUGGUACCUACAGCUGCGACGAGCAAUGCGUCAAAAACGAGUUGCGAAAGCCAAACAGGUAUUAUGCUGCGACUGUCGAGCUAUAUCAAGAGGUUGCCAAAAUCUAUCCGCAUGCGAACAUCAUCACCACAGGGCAUAGUCUAGGAGGAGUUCUGGCUUCACUGAUCGGGCUACAACACGGGAUUCCCGCUGUGACUUUUGAAGCGUACCCACAAGCCUUGGCAGCCAAGCGCUUAGGGCUUCCUGCAGCUGGCGACGUUGCUCCCCUUAGAAAAGAUACUGGUGGUUUCCACUUUGGACAUACCGCUGACCCGGUGUACAUGGGCACCUGCAACGGCGCGACGAGCUUCUGCUCUAUCGGGGGUUAUGCGUUUGAAACCCUUUGCCACACCGGAAAGCGGUGUGCGUAUGAUGUGGUCAAAGAUUGGGGCUGGAGGCAAAGCACGCAAACACACAGCCUAAGGUACGCUAUAGACAACGUGUAUAUGAAGUACGACAAGGCGGCAACAUGCCAAGAGGAGGAUGUCGGAUGCCUCGCCAAUCACUACAACAAGCACGAGCUCGAGCACAAGCACUUGUCACACUCUAUUAUGAUCCUCGAUACGCUCGGAGUCAGCACGUCGGCCUCUCGCUUCAUAGUGAUUCCGAACGUUGGCGAUACGGCACCUUUCGAUCCUUGCCAUGACUUGUUGGAACUAGACAUCAUCUAA